CCCUUUAUUCUAUUUUGUUUUGUUUGAGAAUCCACGUCAUUGAAAAUUGACAGUCACGCAUCCAUAGCAAGAGCAACCGAUGAGUUCCUCCGAAGCAUCAUCACUGCAAACCAUGAACAAAGAUCUCCACAUCACAUUCACUGAAAUGAUGUACAACUUGCUUCCAAACCCAUACGAAUCCCAAGAAAUCAACCACCUCACUCUCGCAUACUUCGUCAUCUCUUCUCUCGACAUCCUCAACGCUCUCCAAAACGUUGAGAAAGAAGCUAUUGCCAAUUGGGUUUUGUCUUUUCAAGUUCGACGUGGAACCACGUUUGAUCCUGACAAUGGUCAAUUCUAUGGGUUUCAUGGGUCCAGAAGUUCGCAGUUUCCUCCUGAUGAAAAUGGGGUUUUUUGCCAUAACAACAGUCACUUGGCGAGUACUUAUUGUGCCCUAUCCAUAUUGAAAAUCGUUGGUUAUGAUUUUUCCAAUCUUGAUUCUGAAUCGAUAUCGACUUCCAUGAGGAAUCUUCAACAGCCCGAUGGAAGUUUCAUGCCUAUUCAUACCGGUGGUGAAACAGAUCUUAGGUUUGUAUAUUGUGCAGCUGCUAUUUGUUUCAUGCUGGGUAACUGGAAUGGCAUGGACAAGGAAAAAGUCAAGAAUUACAUAUUGAAAUGCCAGUCUUAUGAUGGUGGAUUUGGAUUAGUUCCUGGUGCAGAAUCUCAUGGUGGUGCAACUUAUUGUGCUAUUGCGUCUCUCCGGUUAAUGGGAUUUAUCGAAGACAAUGUUCUCUCAAGUUGUAGUUUGCCUUCUUUGAUAGAUUUGCCAUUGCUGUUGGACUGGAUCUUGCAGAGACAGGGAACUGAUGGUGGAUUCCAAGGUAGACCUAAUAAAACUAGCGAUACUUGUUAUGCAUUUUGGAUUGGAGCCGUUUUAAGGAUUCUAGGGGGCUGCAACUUUGUUGACAAUAAAGCCCUACGCGGAUUUUUGGUUUCCUGUCAAUACAAGUAUGGCGGUUUCAGCAAAUUCCCAGGAGAGUUUCCAGAUCUGUACCAUUCCUACUAUGGAUUUGCUGCUUUCAGUCUGUUGGAAGAAUCUGGCUUGAAGUCACUUUGUUCUGAACUUGGAAUCACUGAUAUAGCUGCAAUUGGAGUCUAACUUUGAGAUUUAUUGUCUCGAGUUCAUCUAUGCUUAUGUUUAUUAUUAAACACAAACAGGCACUUAGAGAUUUGUAGUCUUGAUUUCCUCUAUGCCUAUGUUUAUUAGACACAUUCUUUUAUAAAUCCUUUUUUGUCUUCUGAAAUAUGAACACUAUACUAAAGAAAUUUGAACUUAAGCUUUGCAAAUUGUAUAAAGCUUUCAUCAUUAAUCCA